UGUUAAUGAAGAUAGAAUUAGGUCUGCACAAGAAAGACGAUCUUCUUUUAGCGCGAGAUAUUUGCAGAAUGUUAUUAAAGAAAAAACAAACUAGCAAGGACGUCGAAAAACCAUUUCUAAGGUAUUCUAACAAUCAUGACAUAUUGAAAGAGAUCUUGACAUUAGUAAUAAGAUGUUUUAUUAGCGCGGAAGAGAACGCUUAUAUUUCUUUUGUCACAGAUGCACUUAACGCUAUAUCAUGUCAGUGCGAUUAUUGUGUGUUAAUUAAAUGCAACUGGAAUGAAAACAUUGCACUGAGAGAAUUUUAUUUUAAUUGCAGUUAGCGAAUCAACCUGACAAGUUGAUAAAGGAAUUAUUAUUGAACAUCGUCGAGAAGCGUCAUUUUGUAAAUAAAGAAACGAACAAAGUGUCAGAUAUGUCAAGUACUACGCUCUCCAAAUUGCUUUACAUAUAAUUGAACACGCCAUCAAAGAGUUAAUUUACUUGAACGUGUUCAUUUACAAGAAUUUAAAGCGUAGAAAUACACUACGAGAGAUGCAAGGUAAAAGAAAGAAACAGAAAAUUGCGUUUUCGACUCCAGAUAUUAAAGUUAAAUUGACGAACGCAUCAAUCUCGAGAAGCUCGAAUGCGCGAUGCGAAUUUCUCGAGCUAAGGAAACCUCGAUGCUCAGGAUAAUGGCGAAGAAGCCUUAG